UGCUCAACAGGUUGUGGAGAGGCUGUCUGUCCGCCUCCUCGCUGCUACAAGAACUGUCGGUUCGCCAUCCUUCCGUGCACUGACCGGCUCAGGCUCCUUCCCGUGCGGCGACGUCGUUUCGAGACAGCCAUCACUUCGACUAGACUGGACGCUACCGAUUACUUACUACCCUGUCCCUGUUCUUUCACCCAAGCAUCGCGGCGAGCCUCUAUCGCAUCAAACAGACAACGCGACGGGUUGUUGUUCGAAAGUGAUUGGUUAGUAGCAAAGAACCGAAGGACGUCAAGUCAUACCAAUCUAUCGCGCAACGAAUGGUUGUCAACAUUGCCAAUCCAAGCCCGAACCAUUGAACCCGCGACAAAGCCCCCGACUCAUCACAUAUACCUACGAUACUGGCGGAAGCAGGCUCUGAUAAUCCAACAGAUAGUCUGGCUCCGCGCAAGCCUCUCAUGUACCCGAUUGUUGCCGAUACAACAGACCGUUGCUCGCCCUGUCAUCACUGGCUACAUCCGGAUCUAG